CGGGCUGCGAGGGCGCGCGCGCCGGCGGGCGGGGCGGGCUGGGGUCGGAAGGGAAGCGCUUCCUGGUUCGAGCCGAGAGGGGCGAAUCGGCUCGGCGGCCGCCGCGGGAGGAGCUGUCUGUCUGCAGCCCCCUCCUCCCGCCCUGCCUCCUCCUCCUCCCGCCCUGCUCGAGCCGCGCGGCGCUGGCAGCGGAACGCGGGCCACAGCCGGGCAUCCUCGCGGGCACCCGGGCGCGCCGAUUCGCGCCUCCCUCCGUGGCCUCUGGGCCUUUGUCACCGCGCCCGCGGGCCCGAGAGCCAGCGCGACCGAGUGAGGCCUGCGGCCGGGCGCAGGGGCCGGAGGGACCAUGUCCUACCAGGGCAAGAAGAGCAUCCCGCACAUCACGGAAGAGACAGCUUUGGAUUGGUGCGGAUGGCUUGCAUGGAUGUGGAUGGGCUGGGUACUGGGCUGCCCUGUAGAGAAGAUGAUGUAGAAAACAAGAACAAGCAGAGUGACCGGCUCCUCAUCAAAGGGGGACGAAUCAUCAACGAUGACCAGUCCUUCUACGCCGACGUCUACUUGGAAGACGGACUUAUCAAACAAAUCGGGGAGAAUUUGAUCGUCCCUGGUGGGGUGAAGACCAUUGAGGCCAAUGGGCGCAUGGUCAUCCCGGGGGGCAUCGACGUCAACACAUACCUGCAGAAGCCCUGCCAGGGGAUGACUGCCGUGGAUGACUUCUUCCAGGGGACCAGAGCAGCGCUGGUGGGCGGGACCACAAUGAUCAUCGACCAUGUGGUUCCUGAACCUGGCUCCAGCUUGCUCACCUCCUUUGAGAAGUGGCACGAAGCAGCUGACACCAAAUCCUGCUGUGACUACUCCCUCCACGUGGACCUCACCAGCUGGUACGAUGGGAUCCGGGAAGAGCUGGAGGUGCUGGUGCAGGACAAAGGUGUCAAUUCCUUCCUAGUCUACAUGGCCUAUAAGGACCUCUACCAAAUGUCGGACAGCCAGCUGUACGAAGCCUUCACCUUCCUGAAGGGGUUGGGAGCUGUGAUCUUGGUGCACGCGGAGAACGGAGACUUGAUCGCUCAGGAACAAAAGCGGAUCCUGGAGAUGGGCAUCACAGGUCCCGAGGGCCACGCUCUAAGCAGACCUGAGGAGCUGGAAGCCGAGGCCGUGUUCCGGGCCAUCACCAUUGCGGGUCGGAUCAACUGCCCCGUGUACAUCACCAAGGUCAUGAGCAAGAGCGCAGCGGACAUCAUCACACUGGCCAGGAAGAAGGGGCCCCUCGUUUUUGGCGAGCCCAUUGCUGCCAGCUUGGGCACAGAUGGCACCCACUACUGGAGCAAGAACUGGGCCAAAGCGGCGGCGUUCGUGACAUCCCCUCCCCUGAGCCCGGACCCCACCACGCCUGACUACUUGACCUCGCUGCUGGCCUGUGGGGACCUGCAGGUGACAGGCAGCGGCCACUGUCCCUACAGCACUGCCCAGAAGGCUGUGGGCAAGGACAACUUCACCCUGAUCCCCGAGGGCGUCAACGGCAUAGAGGAGCGGAUGACCGUGGUGUGGGACAAGGCGGUGGGCACGGGCAAAAUGGACGAGAACCAGUUCGUGGCCGUGACCAGCACCAACGCAGCCAAGAUCUUCAACCUGUACCCGAGGAAAGGGCGGAUCGCUGUGGGCUCCGACGCCGACGUGGUCAUCUGGGACCCCGACAAGGUGAAGACCAUAACCGCCAAGAGCCACAAGUCGGCGGUGGAAUACAACAUCUUCGAGGGCAUGGAGUGCCAUGGCUCCCCGCUGGUGGUCAUCAGCCAGGGCAAGAUCGUCUUUGAAGACGGCAACAUCAACGUCAACAAGGGCGUGGGCCGCUUCAUCCCGAGGAAGCCCUUCCCCGAGCACCUCUACCAGCGCGUCAAGAUCCGCAACAAGGUCUCGGGGCUGCACGGGGUCUCCCGGGGCAUGUACGACGGGCCUGUGUACGAGGUGCCAGCCACACCCAAAUAUGCAACCCCCGCUCCUUCCGCCAAGUCCUCGCCUUCCAAGCACCAGCCGCCGCCCAUCAGGAACCUGCACCAGUCCAACUUCAGCCUGUCAGGUGCCCAGAUAGAUGACAACAACCCCCGGCGCACGGGCCACCGCAUCGUGGCACCCCCUGGUGGCCGCUCCAACAUCACCAGCCUCGGUUGACCCCGCAGGAGCCGAUGGGAGAGAGCGAAGGAUGCUGGGAGCACAGUCCACCCUCCUCCUGUCCCUGCCCCUGAAACCCACAGCUUUAGUUGGUACUGCUGGGGACUGAGUGAUGUCCUUUCCCUUUUGGCCUAGGAAGAAGUGGUGUAGUGUGGUGUGUUUGCUUGGAAACCCCUGCCCACAGCUGUGUGCUCACGCCGAACCCGCCUGGGAGCGUGGCUUCCGUUCCCCUCCCUCGUGCUCCGCAGGUUUAGCAUUGUCUUGUCCUGUCCCCCACUGUGACCUCAGUGGCUCCAUGACCCUGUGAGUGGCGGCUCCUUUGCGCCUCGUAGUGACCUAGGAUAGUUUGAUGCAUGUUCUAAGCUGUGUAUGCGAGUCUGAGUGCGGCCACAGCCAUGACCAAGGACUGUGGGAGACACCACCCGAGACCUCAGCCUCAGGGCCAGGCCCAAACUCAGAAAGAAGCUGUUUGCCGAACACCCCGCCCUGGUCUGCCCCAGAAAGAAGCGGCCCCACCCCGCCCCGCCCCACGGAGACCUGUGAUUUCUCAGAACGGCAGGGCCUCCCACCUGGUCUCCAACUCCGCGUGUCCUGUGUCAGACCCUGUCUCUGUGACCCCCUUGCCCACAUCUCUCUGCUCUGUGUCCGUCCAGCCAGCUCUGGGCUUCUGGCUGGGCCCGGUUCACAGGGGCCCCAUCCCUGUUCAGGCUGCGGACGGUGGGGGACAGCUGCCCAGGUGCCCUGCCCCGUCACCUCCAAGGAGGUGGAUGGGGCAUUCAGAUUUUUAACGUUUUGUACAGUUUUCCUUUGUAAUCACCCCCAUUUUUACUUAAUGACUGACUUGUUGUGGUUCUUAUUUCUGAAUUCAAAGCUUGUGAAAAAAAAAUAAAGAAAUUGAACUGCUCGCUGA